GUAAUGUUGAUAUAUAACUUCCAGACAAUUAUUCACGACUCACAACAACAGAAGAGACCAAAACCCCUAACAUAGAACAUCAAACGCAUGAUCGAUACAAACAACAUAUCAACGUGUAUUUAGCUACUUUGUUUGUUGUUGAAUUUUGAUAUAUAAUAAUUAUAAAUAAUAAUAGUAAUAAUUUUAUUUUAGUUGGAUAUUUAGUGAAGAAGUAGAAGGAAGGAAGGAAUAAAAAUGGGGGGUGAGAAAUUAGGUAGGGUGGCCACAGCAGGUGUAUUAAUAUUAAUAUUAUUCAUAAUAACGGUGAUGGUGGAAAAAAGUGAAAGUGUAUGGAUGAAUCUACCAAAAUCAGGAAGCAAAUGUGUCACUGAAGAAAUCCAUAACAACGUUGUUGUCGUUGGUGAUUACGUUGUUAUUUCCGAUGAUCAUCUUCAUCCUACUCCUACCAUUUCCGCUAAGGUUACAUCGCCUUACGGAAACAUCCUUCACCAUAAAGAGAAUAUAACACAUGGUCAAUUUGCAUUUACAUCAAGCGAGGCUGGGCUGUAUCUAACAUGUUUCUGGCCAGACCGCCCUAAUGAAGGUGGUGCCUUAAGUGUUAAUAUUGACUGGAAAAUGGGUAUUGCAGCAAAGGACUGGGACUCGGUUGCUAGGAAGGAAAAGAUUGAGGGUGUUGAGCUUGAGUUGAGAAAGCUUGAAGGAGCUGUGGAGGCCAUUCAUGAUAAUUUGUUAUACCUCAAGAACAGAGAAUCAAUAAUGAGAGGAGUGAGUGAGACUACCAAUUCUCGUGUGGCCUGGUACAGUAUCUUAUCGUUGGGUAUCUGCAUUUUCGCUUCAUGUGCACAACUAUGGUAUUUGACGCGCUUCUUCCAAAAGAAGAAACUGAUAUAGUGUUUGCACCCCCUUGUGGUAAUGUUAUGAGACUAAGGUUAAUUAUAGAAUCAUGGUUUUUUUUUUAUCUUGAUUGUGGUGGGUUCUAGAUUCUUGAUACUAUUUGUAAAGAUAUAUGCCCUCUUUUUUAAGAUAGCAGGAAAUAGCUUAUGACUGCAUCAA